AUGUUGACAUCGAUCAGUUCUGAGUGUACUAAUCGCGAGACAGGCAAAAGCAAGAGCACGGAUGGACGCCAUCCUCCCGACGGAAGCGAAAAGCACUGUCGCCCGCAGGAUGCUUCCGGGCACGUGCUUGGCUUGCAGCGGCGGAUACGCAAAGAGGUGCACAGCUUGAGCGAUGCAGAGUUCCAGAGCUUUUCUCGGGCAGCGAAUCUCUUGAAGGAGGUGGAGUCCAAGUGCUCCGGCAAGACACUUUGUCCGGAGGACUAUCCCAACACGUGGGACUCCUUCCGUACCUUCAACAUGCGAUGCCACAACGACGAAGAAGACUUCCUCGUGUGCCAUCGCAGGAUGCUCUACGACUUGGAAACAAGUCUUCAAAAGAUCUCUGGGGACUGUGAUGUGACACUGCCAUAUUGGAACCCAUACCGGGAACCUGGCAAUGCCUUGGAUUCAAAAGUGUGGAACUCCAGCCGAUUCGGUGCUUUGUGGGGCGUAGAGGAGAAGUACUGCUACGACAGCGCUGAGGAUGCUUGGACAGACUGCGUCACAGAUGGAGUUGGUGCUGAUUGGAAGCAGGGCAAUGACAUCCACAGCUACGACUGCUCUGCGUGUCUGAACAGGGCGCCGGAGUUGUACGCCAACCUUCUGCCAUUUCCUGUCCUCCUCGCCGCGGCAAAGAAAGACAGGACGCUGGAAGACUUCCAGUCCUGGGUGCGAGGAAUUGUUGCAGACGUGCACUUCAUGGUAGGCGGAGACAUGGCGCAUCUUCCAGAAGCCACGACAGAUCCUGUGGCGUUUGCUCACUUUGGCAUGAUGGACCUCCUGCUUUCCCUGCGCCAGGUGUACCGCUCAAAAGCUGGAAAGGAUGAGCUUUGCACUACCUGUUCGAAGCCGACUGCUUUUUACAACGUCCCUCGAUCUGAGUGGCUCGGAAAGGUGGACGCUGCGAACUCAUGCAUUCAGGUGCCAGCCAGCAGUCCGCGAGCCUGCAUCGGCUAUGGAGAUCUUGUCCUUGCAACAGGCAACCGGGGACAGGCAAGCUUGCUCAGCGAAGGUGAUUCAGAAGAGUCAAGUGCCGGAGCCAAGUGUACCAGGAUGUUGAACACAAUGAAGUCCAGCACCUGCGGUGUGAAGGAUUUGUUGCACAGCGUCGUCCUCACGCAGCGAUACAACGCGACUUCAGCGUACGCUGCGUGCAGGACUUACUGGUCCAGUAUGGACUCCGAGAUGGGACGCAAUUUCAUGAAGUGGACGCGAAACACAGCCACCAAGAGGAUAGAAAGCUGCAAAGCAGCUGUCAAUGAGACCAUGAAGCUGGUGAGCUUUUUCAGGCAUGAUGAACCAGUGGGCAGUCCUGAAACGAAGUAUGGCAUCAAGUGUGAUGCGACCUUGGAAUGCUGA